AUGAAGCAACGCUGGCAUUUCUUCCUCUUCCUCCUUCCCUUCAUUAUCAUCCUUUUUUUUCAUGUUCUUGUCGCAUUUCGUUGCUCCUCUUCACCAAGAUCCGGCCGACUAAGCUACGGACUCAUCAUGGCCUACUACAUGAUGCCGGUAGGCACAUUUCCCUUGCUAAGAUGUGUGCCUCUGUAUAUUCCUGUGUCUUCAAAGUGUGACCAAGAAGCACCUUCGCGAACAAGUUGCAGUCGCGAAACAGCCCCAAGAUGGAGGACUGACCCUAACCAAAUCCCACCCCCAAGUCAGAGUGAAAACUCGAUUUGCAAACGCGAUACGCAAACAUCAGUACGCCGAUUUUUGGGCGCUAUGAAGCCAUCAAAAGCAACCAAGCAGUCUUCGGCAUCAUCAUGGCAUCGUGCUGCCCAUUCGCCCACUCCAGACCGGCCUCUCAUCGAACCUUUCUCUAGAGAUCCGAGGCAUGCAAGCAGCACAAAACACACCAAGGCAGGCGCAAUAGCCUAUGAUGCUCAUGGGGUCAACCCGAUUGUUCUGCCCAUCCACUAUCAUUCCCAUUCAGAGUCUCUUCAGGAUCAGUUCCUCCAGGUCACAUGCCACCCCGAUGACGAGAAAAGUUAUGUCUCUCCUCCACGAUACGCGGCGCUCGACCCCAAUCCUUUAUCUGGCACCACAAAAAAUAGCCAUAAAUUACCAAGAACACAUAUACCCGCCGCCAAGUACAAAAAGAGUCUGAAAUCCACCGCUAAAAAAAUGAGGAUGAACGUCCUCAGAGCAAUCCAAGACAUACCUUCGGCGGCUAAAGUGGCUCAUACUCAAAUGACGUCGAAAAUCAACAAAAGAAACAAAAACAUGAGUGUGGAGAAUAUUGGGGUAUAUGGAAAGCUCGCUGAUCGAGAUGGUGAGUCGGAGUGGAAACUCACCCUAGGAGUCAAGAAAAAGCCGUAG